AGAAACUUAACCCACCUUUUCUUCGAUCCCUUCGUUUUUUGUUUCUUCAGGCAACUCAAUUACACUACUUUUAUUUCCAAAUUUUCUGUAAGUGUCAUUGAAUUACCUGCUUUGAACCGUCAAGCCGGUCGGAUUCAAUGAGCAGCGACGAGGAGCUUCUGUGGGAAGUGAGAACUUCAAUGCCUGAGAUAGAGCAUUCGGAUUUCAUCAGAGAAAGGAGAGCGAAAUUGCAAUCAGCCUUGCUGGAAGCCAAAAAUGAUCAGGAAAGCGGUCGAGGAGCCAAACCGUUCAUACAAAGAGUUCCAGCAUACCUGAUCGAUAUCAAGGAGGAUUUUAAGAAAUAUUUUGAACCAAGGUGGGUUGCCAUCGGCCCUUUUCAUCAUCGUAAUCCGAAAUUUGAGCAGGGAGAGCACACCAAGCUUAAACUGGCAGCUCUCUUCGCAGAAGAGAAUGAAACUACUGAUGCAGUUCUAUUCAACGAGAUUAAGAAAGAGAUAAAGGAUCUGAGGACGUGUUAUAAUCCGGAGGACAUAAAAGAUUACGACGAUGAUGAGCUAGCUUGGAUGUUCUUCGUGGACGGUAGUGCAGUGUUGUAUGCCGUACACUACGGUUUAUUACGAGAAAACCAACUUCCCUACCAAGUCCUCAAGAUAUUGAUUCGCUUAGCCAAAGAACCCCGAGAGUGGGAGAAAUCAAUCACAGAAUUCAUACGUUACAGCGUUAUAACAUAUACACGAGAUGGGAAGAGCCAAAACCCAGAAGAAGAAGAAGAAGAGCAAGAGUUCACUCAUCUUCUGGAGCGUUUGCGGACAAAACACUUGACGGGAGAGCGAGAGUGGAGCAGCAGUAGUAUGAUAGGUCAUUUGCUUCUCUCAGGGGGAGACAACCGAAAGCAUGUGAAGACAAUUCGUAGAAUCAAGGAUCUUAAAGAAAUAGGGAUUAGUGUGAGGCCCAGCGAGUCAGAAAACCUGAAAAACAUUUCCUUCUAUUGCAACUUACGGGGAACACUAAAGAUGCCAUGCAUUCUGGUGGAUGACUCAACAGCUACCAAGUUCUUGAACUUGCUAGCCUUAGAAAUGUGUCGAGAUUUUGAGAAUGAUUUGGCGAUCACCAGUUUCUUAUGCUUCCUUGGUUCUCUCAUUGACACAGCAGAAGAUGUUAAGGAGCUGCGACUUACAGGUAUUCUCCACAGUUACCUCGGAAGUGAUGAAGAAGUGGCUGAGCUUUUCUGUAGAAUGAGCAGGGACUUGGUGCCAGAUCUGGCAAUAUACUAUGAUGUUGCAGAUCGCAUCCAUAGAUACUACAACUCUAGGGUAAUGUGGAUCUAUUCCAACUAUUUCGGUAGUAACUGGAGUUUUCUUGCGUUUUUGGGUGCCGUAAUAGGACUUAGUCUCACUGUUACUCAGACUUAUUUCAGUGCCAAAACCAAAUAAGUAAUUAAGGCUUAGCUUCCUUUAGGUACGUUUUUAUGUGUUCAGCUUAGUUAUAAAAUUAUGAGACAUGUAUACUUUCAUUAUUCAAAAUGUCUUUUCCAAACUCAAUGAGUGAAAAUGUGUGAUGUGCCA